AUGACCACGACCGUAGUAAUAUCGUCCGCGUUGGCCGUCGUUUUAGUGUCAGCCAGCGUUCGACCUGCGAUAACCACGGCACAGAUAUCGACCAAAGUACUAUCAGCCGUGAACCGGACUUCCAGAGAACUCCAGGCGGGACUUGUGACAGAAAAUUUAUCACCACAGAUGAACUUCCCUGAACUCAGGCCGACCGGUCGGAAGUUGAGUUCUGAUGACGAUUAUCGUACACUGCCAUCAAUGGAUACGGACAUGAUUGUGGAGGCUUCGGUCGCGGCCACCGGUCCCAAAACAUAUCCUUCGUUGAUGGCCGGUGGAUCCGGAUUCGUCACGCGCGGCCGGCAUAUUAGGAAUCCAUACGGAAGCUUCGGCAAGAACGACCAAGAAAUGGAAUUCGAGGACGACCAACCUACUGAUUAUAUAUUUAAUGGCGGUGGCGGCAGUGGAAUGCCGAAAUGGAACAGGUAUAAAAUUCACAUUUAGAUAAUAUAAAAUAUAAAAAUACGAACAUACUUCGCACGAUGGGUGGGCCACGGUUGUAGGUGAGAAUUCGGGAAAUUAGAGGGAAAAUUGAAUGUACAUCUGUACGCAACGAUUGACCAUUAUCAACGAAAAACAAUUCUGAGCGGAGUUCAUUAUAUUGUCAACAAUAUAUAUCAUAUUAUGGUAAAAUAAUUGCAUUAUGCAUUGUUUAUUAUAUAUUAUAUUUAAUAAUAUUUUUUUUACAAAAACAAUUUUCAUCAAACUUUGAUAAUAAAAAUCUUAUAAAAAAAAAUUCUACAUUACACUCAAUAUUUUUUUUUCACCAAAAAUUUAGUACAACUUAUAAUGAAUCUCUUGUUAAAUUUCUAUUUUAUUGUAUUUCUGUUUGGUCUAAACCCGUAAACCUCGUAAAAUUAAAAUGUCUCAAAAUAGAUCAAAAAUGGUUAUAAUGUUUUGAAAAUUUUAUCACGUCAAUAAAAGGCAAAUAUAAGUUUCUAACUCAACUUCAAAUCUCUACAAACACUUUUAAUUGAAUCAAAAUAAUUCAAAACAAAAAUUGAAAGCAUAAUUCAUUUCGUAAAUUUUUUUUUUCCUAAGUUUUUUCCCGGUUUUUCCUGUUUAUUAUGAGAACAACUGGGAGACUCAAAAAAUGACCUUCUUAAAGUACUACUCCAAUCAAACUUUCUUUCCGGAAAAGUAUUGUACUUGAAAAUUGGAAAAAAAUUGCUGUUAGAAAAGUUGUCCACAGAAAAAUAAAUAAACAUCAUUGUAAAACCAAUAUUUUUUUUCUGUGGACAUUUAACUACUUACAUUUUUUUUUUUUAAAAGAAUAUUAUGUUGUUAAACCUAAGAUUUUUCAUAAAACCUGAAAUAUAUUGAGGUGUCCAGAAUCCUAUAUAUUCUAAUUAAUGAACGAGGAUAAUUGUUUGGAAAAAACUUUUUGUAGUUAGUAAAAAUGUUUAAAUUUGUUAAUGCCGUAGUUACAUUUGAAAAUGCGAAUUUUUUAACAGAUUAUAAUUUAUUUGAAAACAUAUUCUAGAUCCCUUAUGUUUAUAAUAUAAAUUAAAAAAUUGUAUUUUAAUAAAUGUAUUUUUUUAUUUUUAUUAUUAUAUUUUCAUAUAUUUAUGGGUAAGCUAAUUUGAUAAAAGGGAAAAAUUUUAAAAACACAACUAGUAAAAGUAGGCCAUACUAUUCCGUUUACAAUUAUUCAUGUAUCCAAAUUAUGUAACUUUGAUUUAAAUAUACAAACCAGAUUACUCUAUAUACUUUACUAUCCCAACUUCCCACUCAUAAAAGUAAUUCCAUAAUAUAUCCGGCUUGUUUUAUUGUUAUUGUUAUAAAAAUAAUAGUUAUAUCUAUAGAUUUUAAUAAAUUCAAUGUCAGAAUGCUUGUCGACAGGUAUAACACCAAUCACAGGCAGCUAAACAAAUACAUGUCGACGCCCAUAGAAGCAGACAUCACUGUGGAGGAAGACGGAUCGGCCGGUUACGGGAGUGCUUUUAACAUUGGCAGUGGGGGUAGUGGCGGUGGUAUGGGAUACGAUUACGGAAACUAUAGGAACCCUGGAAAUGGAUGGAGAGAUGGUGGCGGUAACAUGGGGGGCUUGUACAACGAAAACAUAGCACAGGCUUCGCGUCCUUUGCCCAUAAUCGCUGAGAUUCGGCACCCAAGCACUAGCAGCAACAACAAGAUGUCCGUUGAUAUGACUAAGAUAGGCAUGCUAGCCAUGGUCAAGAUCGCAAUGGCUAAAUUUAAGGCCCUGGGUUUCAUCAAAGCAUUGCUUCUGGUGGUAUUCAAGCUCAAAUUGCUCAUAAUAUUGGUGUUCUUGAAGUUCCUGAUGAUAUCCAAGUUUACCAAGCUUACAAUGCUCCUGCCGGCACUCGUAUCGUUCUUCACCAUGCCCAUGUUCUUCUCACGCUUAUCUCGUUUGUAUGCAUUACUUAAUGAUCAAACGUCUGGAAGUGCAUAUUCAAACACAGGUGACCUUUAUCCUACAUCCAAUACAGACCUCCAGGGACUUACGGACGCAUCUAGAAAGAGGACAAGCCAGUUAGAUCCGUUGGAAGUAUUGGUUCCUGGAAUGACUAACUUUGGGCAAAUUAUUCGAUCGGAAAAAUGUCUGGAGAGGGUAUCCUGUCAAUUGGCUGGUGCGAAGAAACCUAAUUUGGCGCUCAUCUGGUUGAAUUGGUAGGCAUUUUUUCUAGUUUUUUUUUUUUUGUUUUUAUUUGAUCCGUCAUAUCUAGACUGGCGCUCAAUUCACAUUUUGUAUGUACAUUACAGGGUUGCGUCGCCUUUAUCGACCUACAUUCCGAACAAGAAAUUGAAAAAUUUCGUAUUGACAUUUACAGAAGUGACCAAUUACCGAUUGGAUAAUUUGUACAGUAACCUGUUGCCGAAAGAUUGGACGAGAUGGUGUAAUGAUCAUUAUACAUGCAAUAAAGUGACUCACAAAACCUUGUAA